AUGUUCAACUCCAACCAGAAGUGGAUAAUGAUGGCCGCUCGUGUAGUGACAGGGUUCGGUGCAGGGACUUUGUCUGUUCUGAGGGCAUAUGCAGCAACAGCUUCCGUACCACGUGAUCGACUCCGAGCGGUUUCGCUCGGAACUGCUGGGUUUGUGCUCGGUCUUUCUUUCGGGCCAGCAAUACAGGCUGCAUUUACUCCAAUCGGAGAUGUCGGGACACACCUGGGAUCUAUCGUUUUGAACAUGUACACAGUGCCUGCGUUUUUCAUGGUUGUGGUUUCGAUAAUUGGUUGCGUUAUCGUCGUGACAUUAUUUGAAGAGGAGUAUGCUGGUAUUGUCAAGAAGGACGAGAAAGGUUCGGAUUGA